UCCGCCCAGAAAAAAACUAAGUCCCGGCGCGUGACCCCCCUGAAGGAGACGCGCGUGCUGCCGGGUUGUUGUUUUUUUUAUUCGGGGGGGAGUCCACGCGGCCGUCGCUCAUGGAGACCAGACAUCAAGACGCCAUUGUCAUCUGUGGAGAGAAGCGCCGGUUUGCUCUGUGGAAGGAAACGGCUAAAUCCUGUUUUUAAAACCCGCCCCAAUAAGCUCAGGCCACAAAAAGGGUCAGAGCUUCCUGUUCCCGCGCCAACGCCGACUCAGAUAAGCCGCUCUCAAGUUACCGGGAUGGACGCUGGAGAAACACCAGAUCCCUCCAGAUCCCUCCAUCCCUACAGUUGUACUCUGGUGUUCUGAGCGAAGCAGUGGUGGACUGGGGCAGCAUGGGUCCCGGAGAGGAAUGGGUUAACACGACCAAACGCGAGGGAGAGCGGGAGAGAGGACACCUCGCCGCAGGGUUUUUGGACUCUGAGCCUCUGAGAGAGGCCGACGAGGACAUGGCAUCGGAGCUCCACCUCAACUCCAGCCUGACGGAGGAGGAGAGAGAGGACAUUCUGCAGGAGCUGUCCAAACUGGAGGAGGAGAUCGGCACGCUGAAGCAGGUCCUGGCGUCCAAGGAGCAGCAGCACGCCGAGCUCAAACAGAAGCUGGGCGCCACCUCGCUCGCCGACCUCCGGAACAACCUGAGCCGAGGCUGGCACGACGUGCAGACCUCCACGGCCUACAAGAAGACCUCAGAGACGCUGUCCACAGCAGGACAGAAAACAUCAGCUGCCUUCAGCACCCUGGGCAGCGCCAUCACCAGGAAGUUUGGAGACAUGAGCGUGGUUGGUCUAGAGUUUCUGUUCCCUCGGAGGUCCAACUCUAUCGGCUACUCUAUCAGACACUCUAUGAGCAUGCCCACUAUGAGAAACUCUCCCAGCUUCAAGUCCUUUGAGGAAAAAGUCGAGACUACAGUGUCCACCAUCAAGACGAAGGUCGGCGGCACGGAGGCGGGAGGCAGCUUCGAGGAGGUCCUCUCCUCCGCGGCACACGCCAGCGUUCAGGACACGCCCACCAACAGCUUGACGGACGGCUCCGAGAGGCCGCGUUAGAGCCCCCCCGCGUUAAGGGGGCCGACAGAUGAACGGGUCUCAUCUCUACUCGGUGCUCUUGACUGAAAAUGCUACACGAUACCUUUUAUUGUUUCAUGGCGUCAAGGUGCCGAGAGGCUUUUUUUGACUUCUCACACUUGGAUGGAAUGUUUCUGCUACCCCGAGUGCUUAGAUUGAUAAAACAGUGAUGCAAUUUCUUGUUUGGACCAAAAAUGCCAAAUAUUUAAAAAUGACAGCUGGCCACAUUUAUUUUGAGACGUCUAAUGUGAGAAACACACACCAAUAAACACCUCAGAUUAUUCCACACACAACUGGACUGAACCCGUUGAUCACUUUGAGUUUUAAAUGAGCUGAUUCCAGGACAGUUUCACUCAAAAUUAAGUCUAAUUUCCCUUCAUUUGCAGAAUGAAAGCUGUACAUAACUUCAUAUAAAAAAAAAACACGUUACACUAUUUAGGUUAUUGGAAAGUAUUUGUAUUAAAAUAGACUGUUACAUUUUCAACUACCUUGUACUUUUUACUAAAACCUUAAGUAAAAUACAUAGAACUCAUAUAGAUGUGACCAACCCAGGAGUCCUGGUUGUAUUUCUAAACUUUGUAUAAAAGAUUUUACACUAAGUCCAGACUUGAUAGAAUACAGAAAGUCGUACUGCUAUUUUUUUUUUUUAAGCUGACCCCGUUUUCGGGCUGCUAACGGGAGCCGGGCCCUGUUUGAAUUGUGAAUCCUCCGUAUUAUGGGAUGUUUAACGAGUCCGUGUACUCACCCCAUCUGAGACCAACUCGUCGGGAGGAAGAAGUGAACCAAUGACUAGAACAACGGGACGUCCUGCACGGCCUGAUCAAUCACUAAUCACUUCAGGAAAUAGAAACCAGCAGUAGCACCGUCUCCCAGAGGAAACGGGACGAUUAUGUUUUUAACCUGGCGUUGAACUGCUGUAGCUCAGACUCAUGCUGGAUUCACACACAGGUAUGAAACAUUUGAUCAUUUUAAACCCUACAAUGGUCCAGGUAACAUAAAGGCCUAUUGGCUCUGUCACUAAUACACAAUACAGAACUAACAGGAGCUCACAGAUAGCCACACAGAGCCGAUCUUUUACUGCUCUAGUGCAGAGAUAAUCUGUUUAAUGCUGAAAGACGACAUCCUUUUUACUAUCUAUGUUAUGAAAAGGUUGGUGACACAACGCAUUUUGUGUGAAAAGCAUCCUGUUUUUCUUUAACAAACCUUUCUGUUUUCAGUAUCUGAACCGUUUUGUGUUUCUGCUUUUGUUUCUCAUGUGUUUAGAUUAUUCUUUCUUACAAUAUGAAUCAUUUUGAGGCAUUCAAUCGCUCAAUAAUACAACCGAGGUUGUGUAUUCAGAGAAUUGGCCACAGUAUAUAUUUGACUUUUGUGUAUUGUGUUGGCUUGACAUCAAACUGAACUCUCCAGCUUUUAAAGAACUUUGUACAAAUGUUUUCACUAAAGACAAAAUCCAUUCAUUUGUAUCCAUGCAACUAAUUACACACCAUUUUACAUUUUCUGACUGAUCAAUAUUAAAAGCAAAUAAAAAAUCACAGAUGACUUAAUUUUUACAAUAAACACUGACAACUUUGAAUCAACAUGUCAAAGAAAAAACGAAUGUAAUAAAAUGCUUAAGUGAAGUUUUCUACAACAGAAAAUGACUUCAUCUGACCACGGGUUUCCUGACUGCUGUCAAUCACGUAUUCGCUCAAUUUUCAACAUCAGAAAUGAUGCUUUGCUACCUUUAUAUUUGUCAAUGGAUAACUGUACAAUGUAACAUCUGGCAGAUCCUACACAUAUAUAACAUG